AUGACUAAGAGACAACGUUUAGAAAAUGGUAAUGAAGAAGUAUCUUCCACUUUGAACUACAACAUCGAACCAGCAAGAAACGUCGGUAUCAAAGGUUUGCAGGUCUACAUCCCACAACAGUACGUCUCACAAGAAUCCUUGGAGACCCACGACGGUGUCUCGAAGGGCAAAUAUACCAUUGGAUUGGGUCAAACAAAUAUGGUCUUCGUUAAUGAUAGAGAAGACAUAUAUUCCAUGGCUUUAACUGUCGUCAGCAAUUUGAUCAAGAAAUACAACAUAGACAAGAACCAGAUCGGUAGAUUGGAGGUCGGCACUGAGACUCUGUUGGACAAGUCUAAGUCUAUCAAGUCUGUGCUAAUGCAACUGUUCUCUGAGACCGACGGUGACAUCGAGGGUAUCGACACAAUCAACGCUUGUUACGGUGGUACCAGUGCCUUGUUCAACACCGUCAAUUGGAUCAAGUCUGAUAACUGGGACGGUAGAGACGCCAUUGUGGUCUGUGGUGACAUCGCCAUCUAUGAAAAGGGUCCAGCCAGACCAACUGGGGGUGCCGGUAUGGUUGCUCUUUGGGUCGGUCCAAAUGCUCCCUUGGUUAUGAACACAGUGAGAGCCUCUUACAUGGAACACGUAUACGACUUCUUUAAGCCAGAUUUGACCUCUGAGUACCCAGUGGUUCAAGGUCAUUACUCCUUGCAAUGCUACAUCAAGGCCUUGGAUAAAGCCUACAACAAUUACAAAAAUAAACUGAAUAAAAUCUCUGGUGCCAGCGAAUCCUCCUUGAAAGUCACUGAUCUAUUUGAUUACAACGUUUUCCAUGUGCCAACCUGUAAGUUGGUGAAUAAGUCCUUUGCUAGAUUAUUAUACAACGACUGGUUGCAAGAUCCAAGCCUAUACCCAGACGUUGACAAGUCCUUAUUAGAAUUGACAUACGAGGAGUCCUUGACUGAUAAGAGAAUCGAGAAAACAUUCAUGCCAAUUGCUAAGGAACUAUUCAGUAAACGUGUCAGACCAAGUUUGGAAUUACCAACUAAUACAGGUAACAUGUAUACCGGUUCUGUCUUUGCUGCGUUAGCAUCUCUUUUACAUUUCACUAGUAUAAAACAAGAUAUAUUUGAAAAAGAUACUUUGAUUGGUAAGACCAUUGGUAUGUUUUCAUACGGUUCAGGUAUGGCAGCUUCAUUGUAUUCGUUCACUGUCCGUGAAGAUUUGACCACUAUUGUAGACAAGUUAGAUUUGAACACUUGGUUUGGAAAUAGAGUACGUUUGACCCCAGAGGAAUAUGAGUCUCAAUUGAAACAAAGAGAAGCUAUUCACUUAAAGAAGGACUAUAAACCAGUUGGUACUAUCGAAUAUAUCCGUUCAGGCUCCUACUAUUUGACCGAUAUCGAUUCGAUGUAUCGUAGAAGUUACGCUAUCAAAGAAUAA